AUGCCAGCGGCGUCGCCUCAAACAGUGAAACUUAAAUCGACCCUUCGGCUUCUCAUCCCCCGCCUGCGCAAUGCCCAAAAGAAAGACACCGCCCUCUCUGUAGCUGCGCGCCGCGAAAUGGCCGAACUCCUCUCGCAAUCCCGCGAAGCCUCCGCGCGCAUCCGCGUCGAAAAUAUCAUCCACACCGACAUCACCGUCGAGUUAAUGGAAAUUCUGGAACUGUACACCGAACUCCUCCUCGCCCGCGCCGGCCUGCUCGAUGUCCGUGACAAGAAUAUCAAAGAAGGGACGACAAAUACAGGCAUGGACGAAAACACAGGCUUGGAAGAGGCGGCUGCCAGCAUCAUCUACGCCGCCCCGCGAUUACCUAGGGACGUACGCGAACUGGGGAUCGUGAGAAACAUGUUGGUUGAGAGGUUUGGCAAGGAGUUUGCGAUUCGCGCGAACGAGAAUCAGGACAAUAUCGUCCCCGCUCGUGUGGCGGAUAAAUUGAAGGUAGACCCGCCCAGCCCGAGGCUGGUGCAGGCGUAUCUUGAGGAGAUUGCGAGAACGUACGGGGUCAGUUGGCCACCGCAAAAAGACGAGGUUGAGGAAUUGGAACGGGAAGUGGAUGAAGAAAGACACGACGAGGACGAUGAUGGCGUAGGAGGUGGUAUGAAGGAGCAACCUAUACUGGCGGACGGGAUGACGGCAACAACGCCAUCGACCCCCGCUCGCCCGGAUAAGAUUGAUAUUGGGACGUUGCAGAAUGCGACACCGCCGUCGAGCCUGGAGCCCCAGGGUGCGAAGAGUCCUGUCUCCGUGGCUCCGCCGGGGGCCAGGUCGGAUAAUAUUAGUCCGAGAGUCAAGUUGCCGGGGGGUGGGGAGAUAGGGAAGAACGAUGGGAAGGUGAGCGUUGGGAAGUUGACGGCGACGACGGCGAACGGUGCCGGGAAGAGUCAGGAAACAGCGACAACGACGAUAUCCGGAGGUGGAGGGACGAGCGCAGGGCCGGUUCCGGGCAAGGUACCGACUGUGGAUGAUUUGGCGAGGAGGUUUUCGGCACUAAAGAGGUGA